AUGGUGCAGCUGUUGCUGAGCCACGGCGCUGACCCCAACCAGCGAGACAGUCUGGGGAAUACCCCCCUCCAUCUGGCGGCCUGUACCAACCAUGUGCCUGUAAUCACCACACUGCUGAGAGGAGGAGCCCGUGUGGACGCCCUCGACCGAGCAGGCCGGACCCCUCUGCAUCUAGCACGCUCCAAGCUUAAUAUUCUGCAGGAGGGAGAUUCACGCAGCUUAGAAACUCUGAGAGGGGAAGUCACACAGAUCAUUCAGAUGCUGCGAGAAUACCUGAACUUAAUGGGUCAGAGUGAAGCUAAAGAGAGGCUGGAGCACAUUUCAACACAGCUGCAGCACACGCGCACCAAAGAGCAGGUGGAUGAAGUAACAGAUUUAUUGGCCAGUUUUACAUCUCUCAGUCUACAGAAACAGAAUUUGGGAGAUAGGUAGAAGAUGAAGUUUAUAGAGAGCUGAAGUCCUGCUAGUUUUUCAGAAAGCCUCUGCUCCUCUUGCUUAGGCCAGACAAGUAAAUACUGAAUCAUAAUGCUGUUUAUUUUCUGUCCAUGUUCCAAACUAAGUGUUUAUCCGCAGCACUGCUGUACAGGACGUUUGAACACCUCGUCAUUUUAGCGAAGAUAACACAGUUAUUCUUAGCGCCCUCUGAUGUGUGGAAGGCCUCAGAGUUACUCUAAUAUUCAUGAAAUUUGAAAUAUAUAUUCCUCUUAUCAUUCUGGACAAAUUUCAAACUGGGUUUCAUUAGCUCUGCCCAUCUCGACGUCAGCCAUUUUGAAUUUGGUGCAUUUUUCCUGUUUUUGUGCAAACUCUUUUGAACUUCUCCUGCAGGGUUUAUUGGAUUCGUUUUGAAUUUGUGUGGUGUAACCCUCCGACUAAUAUGAUGCCAAAUUUGCGAAGGAAUAGCCGAUAGCUCGAAUUUUGUUAACAUAGGUCAUGUGAGAACACGCCAUUGUAAGCACUUCACAGGCGUAAGACUUUGAUACUUCUUCUGAAGGACUCAACAGAUCUAUGUCAAACUUUGGCAGCCGAAUCUCUAGACCAGAACGAUGCCAAGUUGUAAAGCAUUUAUGUUAACUUGACUGUGCAUGGUCCAGUCUGCCGCAAAUUUCACAUGCUGGAUACGAAUCCAGGCCCAAGACAAAAAAGCUCUAUUUCCAUGGUAUGAAAUUGCCCAGGUGAUUGGUGCAGGUUCCGCAUCGUUAGGCCCAUAUAACGAGGGCACUACAAUAUUAAGGCCACCGAAUGGCUGAGGGGCCAACUUCAGUUUAGCACCCGGUUUAUUUAAAUGGGGAAAAAAUAUUUUAAUCAUCCUAGAUUUUUGACGCCGGGGACAUACCGAUGGAAGUUCAUCGAAGUUCUUUGAUUUCACCCGUGUAUGAAGCGAGUCAGCACAAAAUAUUCUAGUGUUCAAACUUGUGUGAGUAACACGAUGCAAAUUUUGCACUGCGCAUUCGGCAAGUCAAUUACAUGUACAGACACAAUUAGACGCAAUGGAUGUGAUCCAAAAUAUGCUAAUUAAGCGACGCAAAUGAAGCGAGUACCAUGAUUUUGGGGCUUACACUAAAGUCAAAACUUCAGCGACCAAUUUGCAUCAUGAUAGCUAGUCGGCAUUGAAAUCCUGUAUGACACCGAGGAUAUACUGGCAGAAGUUAUUCACGUGUAUGAAGCGAGCCAACACAAGAUAUUAUAGCCUUCAAACUCACGCGAGUGACGUGACGUGAAAAUUUGCAUCACGUUUGGUGUGAACACAACAUGUAUUGUCUGUUUUCAAAAUACACUUCCGUUUUCACAGGAAUUGUACAGUUUGCAUACAGUCUCUUUUAAAAUAAAAGCUCUAUGUCAGUACA